AAAACAUGUCGGCAACUCACUGUCAAAAUCAACAUUUACAGGCAUAUUCAUCAGUACUCCUACUAACAAGCAGGUUCGGCCCUGAGGGUAGGCCCAAAGGGCUACCGUCCAGAGCCCCAUUUUAAAAGUCAGAAAAUAGGUGUAAGGGAGGGGCCUCUUAGCUUGUACUUCAAAAAGUUUGAAAUUAAAUUUAGGGCCCAAAAAUUUUAAAAACCGGAGUCCAAUAACUAGGCAAAUGAAACGCCUCCCUUUCGUACUCAUUUUCUCUGUAAACUAAAACCUAGAAAGUAGAACCCUAAGGAUACAAAGUACAAACCUUUUACCUUCCCCUAAUAACUUUGCUAGCUACAAACUCAAAGCUCCUUCAAUAGCAGUGGCAUUUUCGAUGGCGUUAAUCAUGCGUCUGGAAUUCCGCUUUCUCAGCCUUUCACCUUCUGCUCAAACCUCAUCAAUGGCGUUGAAAACGGUUAUAGCCGAAUUUAAAGGUCUUAGAGAUAUUGCAUGGAAAAAGAAAUACUUCAUAUCAGGUGCUAUUGUUUCAAUCUUUAAAAUUUGCAUAUAUGAUGCCUAGAAAACAUUUAUUCGAAAAUGCAAAAAGAAAGAAGAGAAAGCGUAAUGAAGAGUUAAUUAAAUCACAACAAGGUGCUAUUCACAAAUUUGUUGUUAGAAAUGAAGUUUCUCAUGAGACUAAUUCAGUAAAUUCACCAAAUGACAAUAAUGUCCAAAAUGAAAAUGAAAAUGAAAAUGAAAAUGAAAAUAAUGUCCAAAAUGAGACUAAUGAUGUGCUAAAUGAUAUGCCAAAUGAUGUGUCAAAUGAUAUGUCCAAUGAUAUUCGAACUAAUGUGCCUAAUGAUAUGUUUAAUGGUAUUCCACACAAUGUGCCUAAUGAUAUGUCAAAUGAUAUUCGAGAUAAUAUGCCAAAUAAUGUGCCAAAUGAUCAUAAUACUCCUUAUUUGGAUAUUUAUGAUCCUUCAAAUUGGGCAAAUCUUGAUAAUAACUAAGAGACAUUUUAGUUGAGAAGGGGCCUAUAAGAGAGUCAAACAUUGAUUUUCCUCGUGAUGAUUACAAUAGACAUUUUUCGUUUGCUCAUUUUUAUAGAAAGUUGAGUAAUGGUGAGCUUAGUGAUAGAAAAUGGUUGGUUUAUUCUAAACAUGUUGAUAAAGUAUUUUGUUUUUGUUGCAAAUUGUUCAAAUCUGUUAGUAUUAAUUGUUUGUUGUCAAAUGAAGGAUUAAAGGAUUGGAAACAUAUUAGUGAGGGACUCAAACAACAUGAAAAUAGCAAUAGACAUAUGAAUAAUAUGAUUACUUGGAAUGAGUUAAGGGUAAGGUUGAAUAAAAAUGAAACAAUUGAUAAAAACUUACAAGAAGCUAUUGCAAAAGAGAGAGAACGAUGGAGACAAGUGAUACUAAGAAUUUAUUCUGCUCUUAAAUGUUGUGCUACUCAUAAUUUGCCUUUGAGAGGAUCAAAUGAAAAACUUUAUCAAGAUAGUAAUAGUAAUUUCUUAGGAUUGGUUGAAAUGAUUGCAGAAUUUGAUGUUAUAAUGCAAGAUCAUGUUAGACGCAUUAAGAAUCGUGAAAUCCAUUAUCAUUAUCUUGGGCAUAACAUUCAAAAUGAAAUGAUUUCUAUAUUGACCCAUAGCGUGAAAAACAUUAUAAUCAAGACAAUCAAAGAAUCUAAAUAUUUUUCAAUAAUUCUUGAUUGUACCCCGGAUAUUGCUCAUCAAGAGCAAAUGACUUUGAUAAUACGUUGUGUGAAUAUAUCCAAAAAUAAAAUUGAAGAGCACUUUUUAGAGUUUUUGGAGUUUUUAGAGGUGGAUGAUACAUCAGGAUUAGGACUUUUUGUAGGAUUGCAAAACGCUUUAAAGUCUCUUGAUCUUGAUCUUAAUAUUAAUGACAUAAGGGGCCAAGGUUAUGAUAAUGGCUCAAAUAUGAAGGGAAAGCACCAAGGUAUACAAAAGCGUUUACUUGAAAUGAACCUAAGAGCAUUAUAUCUAGCUCUUAGCAACAUGGCACAUUGUUGCACUAGAGCUAUUUCAUUCUUUGGAAUUGUUCAAUGUCUUUACACGCUAUUUUCUGGUUCUACAAAAAGAUGGAAAAUUUUGCUUGACAAUGUUUUCGAGCUUACUCUUAAGUGUUUAUCUAAUACUCGUUGGGAGAGUCGAAUUAAAAGUGCUAAAGCAAUUAGAUUUCAAACUCUCCAAUUAAGGUUAGCUUUGUCAAAAUUAUAUGAUUCUUGUGGUAAUGAUGCAAAGACAAAGAGUGAAGCGGAGUCUUUGUAUAAUGCACUUGGAAAUUUUGAGUUUUUGCUUGGUAUGAUAAUUUGGUAUGAAAUUUUAUUUGUUAUAAAUAAGGUAAGCAAAAAAUUGCAAUCUAAAUCUAUGUGUAUUGACACCACCAUUGAACAAGUAAAAAGCAUGGUGUCAUAUUUUGAAAAGUUUAGGGAAGAAGGUUUUACUUCUUGCAUGAAUAUUGCUAAAAAUAUUGCACUUGAUAUGGAUGUAGAGGCUAUCCUUCCAACAAAGCGUCAUGUUAUUAGAAAAAAAACAUUUUAGUGAAAAUAAUUUAAACGAUGAACAAAAUCAGUCACCUGAAGAAUUGUUUAGGGUUGAGUAUUUUUUGGUUGUUGUGGAUAUGGCAAUUACUUCUUUGGCAAAUAGAUUUGAGGAAUUAGAAACCUAUCAAAAUAUCUUUGGAUUUUUAUUUGAUUCAAACAAGUUAAAAUCAUUAGAUGAAAAUAAGUUGAGAGAACAUUGUGUUACUUUUAACUCUACUUUUUCCCAUGGAGAUUCUUCAGAUGUUAAUUAAAUGAUCUUUAUUCAGAAUUGAAAGUGUUACAAUCUAGUUUGCCAAAUAAUAUAAUGUCUAACAACUGAAAUUUUUGAGUUUGUCAAAUCUGCGGAUUGUUAUCCAAAUGCGUUGAUUGCUUACAGAAUAUUUCUAACAAUCCCGGUGACUGUGGCAUCAGCCGAAAGGAGCUUUUCAAAAUUAAAGUUUAUCAAAACUUACUUGAGGUCAUGAAUGUCACAAGAAGGAUUGAAUAAUCUAGCAAUUUUAUCAAUCGAAAAAGAUUUUCAGGAGAAGAUCGAUGUUGAUACUCUUAUUAAUGAUUUUGCAACCCAAAAAGCCCACAGAACUCAUUUUUUAUGAUUUUUUGAGUUUUUUUGUUUUAUGCAUCUAGUGAAAUUGGAGAUGUAAUUUGUCAAAAUAUUUUGUGCUUUAAUGAAUGAUUUUUUUGACAUCUACUAUCGUUCUUCAAGGGCCCAUUAUACUAUUUCGCCUAGGGUCCCCAAAAUGUUAGAGACGGCCCUGCUAACAAGAGAAACAAAUUCUAACUAAAGAUUUCAUUUCAACCAACUCAUUCUCAACUAAUUCAACUAUUAGAAUCCUCGAUUAAAAUUUAUGAACAUUAACUUUUCGUCUGUCAAAAACAAACCUUAGAAAACCAUUUCAAAAUCAUCCACAAUUUUUUAAAACCAAUUCAAAUUCUAACUCGCCCAAUCAUACUAUCCAAUCGUCAAUUUUCCCUAAUAAACAACAUAAAUCAAAAAAUUAACCUAAAGACUAUAUAACAAAUAAUCUUCCAAAAUCGCAAACAGAAGAAAAAUCAGACUCAAUUUAAAAAAAGAAGAAAACAGAGAAAUCGCAAUACCGGCUGUAAAUCUUCUCUUUUAAGCCAAACAUUAGUACCUAACCUCUCAGAUAAUUUUUCAGCGAGCUGCAAUGGCGACUCA